GGCAAGUUUUGGAUGGUUCGGAAAUCAUGCUACUGCAAUCUGACAACGUUGCAAGGUGUCAGCCGUAGUUCAUUGGUACACCGGUAGUGGGCUAUGGCCGUUGUGUGAUUGUGUUGUGCCGUUGUGUAUUCUGUUUAGUAGGGUUUUUAAAAAAUGGCGACUUUGAUUUUAUUAUGUUUAGCAUCUGUUUUUAAAAUUGCUGCAUCCCAAAGAUCCCCAACAAUAUCAUAUAUCACACAGACACAAAUAAAAGACAUAGGAGGCACUGUAGAGCUAGCAUGUUCAGUUCAAUAUGCAGAAAGUUAUGCUGUUGUGUGGAUGAAAGUGGAUAAAGGGAAUAAUGGGAAUACUUUGCCAAUAUCUACUGGAAGUUCAUUGAUUUUGCAUGAUUCUAGGUUUUCACUGAGACAUGACCCUCUUAGUUCAACAUAUCUUUUACAAAUAAAAGAUAUCCAAGAAACUGAUGCUGGUAUAUAUUCAUGCCAAAUUCUGAUAUCUACUAGCAACAAAGUAGCUGCAGAGGUAGAACUACAAGUGAGGAGACCACCAUUUAUCUCUGAUAACUCUACUAGAUCAGUUGUAGUGUCAGAAGGAGAAGCUGUGCAAAUGGAGUGCUAUGCAGGUGGUUUCCCACCACCGAGAAUAUCAUGGCGUCGUGAAAACAACGCCAUUUUGCCAACAGGAGGCUCCAUCUAUAGAGGAAAUGUACUAAAGAUCAAGGCUAUCCGCAAAGAAGACAGAGGUACUUACUACUGUGUUGCUGAGAAUGGAGUUGGCAGGGGAACUAAAAGAAACAUUGCUGUUGAAGUAGAAUUCGCCCCAGUAGUGGUAGUACCACGUCCCAGACUGGGUCAAGCUCUCCAGUUUGACAUGGAUCUUGAAUGCCAUGUAGAAGCAUAUCCCCCUCCAGCUAUAACGUGGGAGAAGGAAGGUAUCCAACUCUCUAACAAUCAGCAUUACAAAAUCUCUCACUUUGCUGUUGCGGAUGAGUUUACUGAUACUACACUCAGAGUCAUCACUAUAGAGAAGAGACAGUAUGGGCAAUAUGCCUGCAAGGCAGCUAACAAGCUAGGAACUGCAGAUGGAAGGGUAGAGUUGUUUGAAACUGUCAUCCCUGUAUGUCCUCCUGCCUGUGGUACAGCUAAGUAUAGUGCAGCAGCUAUAGUAACAUCCAGUAGUGCAGCGUUACUUAUUAUGUUCAUCAUAUACAUGUUUAGAAACGUCCGUGCCCAAUAUUAACUACAAGGAGCUGAUUGAAUUUGACAGCAGUAUUAGAGCAGCUCAAUCAAUUUACAAAGAUCUGAUCCUCAUUAUGAUAUUCAAAUACAUGUUGUUUUCAUGAACGGUUCAAAUCUGUAGCCUUAGUAUCAACAUUUAAGAAACAAAAACCUGAUCAGCCUAUUAGUAUAUGACGUUACAACUUCUGUGAUUGGUUUACCUUAGUUUAAUGUGAAUGACGACUGAUCUUGAGGGCAGAUUUUGCACAAUGUUGCAUCCAUGAAUUGUUAAUAAAUAAUGUAUAUUCAUAGAUCUAAUAAUAGUCAUCCGUUGCACCCAUUGUAUUCAAAAUAUGUACAGUCUAUAGAUGCCCCGACAAAUACUUUUUCAAAAUUCCGAAUACCGGAUACUCGGCCGGGUUCAUCUACUUUCAGUGAUAUUAUGAUUAUUUUUGCGUUUUUGAAAGGUCCCCUUAUUCUCAAAAUCGAUUUACAUUUCCAAGAAGUUAACACUCCUCAGUUGCGCAGUUUAGACAAUUUUUGUGAGUAAUCCUCUGGAGGUUAAUGUUUGCACAGUAUUUUCAGAUGUUUUGAUUUUUCAAGAAUAUAAAAGGACUUGCAAGAGCUAGACAUGUGGAAUUCACCAGCUGCAACAUUUAGUUAAAAUUUUGACAUUACAUUUUUGGAACACUUAUUUUUGAUAUACUUUUCAGUCGGCAAAAAAGCAAAUUUGUAAAAUGUUCAAAAGGUAAUCUUCUUGAUGGCACAUUUGUAUUAAAGAUAGGCAAUGCGAGACCCCAAGCUGUUCAAUUGUUGAAUAGUUGACUGAUAGACUCGCUGCAGUGUCAUGGCCAUUACAAACACUGAAAUUAAAUCUUAUGGUUUGUUGAUCUGGCUUUUGGGGGAGACUACAAAAUAAACAAAACAGCCGGAUGUCGUGACGGGACUAUUUCAGAUUCGGGAAAGAUUAAAUCUAAAUUAUCCUCAUGUAUGAGUAAGGAGUUUCUUGGCAGAAACGCGGGAUACUCGUUAUCCCUAUUACUUCUCGUCUUCUGAUGCAUUAUUUCAUUUCGUCUUGUGGUUUUUGUUUCCUAUGACAGCUAAACCUACAUAUAUAGCAAAUCAGCUGAAUCUUAUUAAGUUGUUUUUACAUAAUUGAAAGGAUCUGGACCCAUAAGGGGUUUUUCAUCGGUGAAAAUGACUCAUAUUUUAGGUAGAUCGCCUCAGUGAAAUUUUUGCUUCUAAAUAUUUCAGACCGUUUGCAUUUUAACUGUUAAUCAUCUGUCUUUUUAUACCUGUACUUGAGCACUUUAAAAGUUCCACUUUCGGUAUUUUGGCAUUCUUGUUCAAAAUGAACCUAUUUUCAACCAGUACACUUACUUAUGUUGCAUGUCAUACAAAAUAAAACACACUGAGAUAGAAAACAUAUUAUAAACAUUAAAAGUGUUACACCACUCUCACAACAAUAUGUUAACUUCUCAUUAUAAUUGUUUCUUUUUUUACUGUGAGAAAAAUGGCGAAAAGGGUUGUUUUAUUAUAGAUUUGAAGUAGAAAGUGGUGUGACCAUACACUUAAAUAAAAAUAGUAGGCAAAAUAUUUUCUGGAAUAUUUGAAUGAAAUAGUCCUUAGAUAACAUCAGCUUAAAAUUUGAGUAAACCUCACCUCCGAAAAACUCCCUUAUAGGCCCUCAUCUUUAAUCUAAAUGACGCUUUAGAGCUCGAUACGAUGGGAUACAGCAUCAAAAAGUACUUGCUUGUCGGCAGCACAGGGCUAUUAUCAGAUUGUAUACUUUUUCGCUUCCAGAUCUUUUCUAUUUAAAUCCGUUCACGUGGCAACAUUGUGUACAUACUCCAGAAUGACCAAAAAUCACUUGAAUGGCAUGUAUCUAUGAAUCUCAUUUUUCAGGAGUAUUGUGGUGCAUUUAACAAUUAUAGGAAAAUUGUACACAUAUAAAAUUUAGAUAAGUGAAUGUCGUAUUAUUUUUUCCACUUUUAUACAUUUUUAUAGUGAGUUGAAUAUUACAUCUGCUCGUUAAUUCGAUUUUUUUGCGACCAACGAUAUAUCAGUGAUGCUUUUUAUGCUCAAAUAUUUUAGAAUUGCAGCUAUUUGAAGAGAUUUUCUUUGUACAAUUUUACAUCGACUGUUGACGAUCCACAACAUGUUUCGUAAUCCUCCACGUUUGUCAGUUUUCAAAGUGUGCUUGAAAGAGGCCACCAUUGUGACUGAAACGUUGUUAUCAGUAAACAGUGUUUUAAACAUGUGGUUUCAUUUAGCGGCCAGGCAAACAUGGAGCAUUAUCAGCAUGAAAACCACAGGAUAAGUUUCAGCUGUUACAUUAACAUGUUCUGUGUUUCAACUCAAAGUGCGAUUUUUGUAUAUUAUUGUGUAUCAUCUGCAUCAAUAAACACUAAUUUAUCUUCUCACAUAAUGUUACAUGAUCUGAACUGCAUGUACAUAAUUCACUAAGUUAUAUUCGUAAGGAACUGUUCAGCUUUUCAAAAAUUAUAUUUAGUUUUACUUCUCACGCUUACUGGCGAAGAACUAUUGUGAUCGCGAAAAAUUUAGAAAAUGAUUUUUUGAUAUAUAAUAUCCAUCUGUUCGUCCGCUAAUCCUUGGCCCGACUAGUACUUAGAAAGUAAUGGUCAGAUUUCACUGAAAUUUUUACACAUGGUCACUAUCAUGUCAAGAACGAAAAAAACUUUGUAGUUUUUGAAAAUAGGUUGUGGCGGCGGAGAGCAAAGCCAACAACGAAAAUAUAAAAAUCACUCGUUACUUUUUUUGCGUUAAAAGGAUCCUGAUCAUUUUUAAGAAACUUUUCAAGGGUAAAAUUGGAGGGAGGGGUGUAUCGCAAUACUUUGGUGGCAGUAUAUUAAUGAAAUAUUUUGCAUAUAAAGCGCACUAGUCGCUUCUCGCUGUUUGGCGAACGCCCACAUGAGGAAUGUUUACAUGAACAGCUAAGAAGAGGUCAGUGAUGCCCCAUUGAUGUAACAAUUGCGACUACCAGGGCAAUAUAAUAUGUUGAAAAUACAUAAUAUCAAAUAAGUUGACAACAUUCGGGCUGUAGUCUUUUGCGAAAAUAAGAAUUUUGUUGAAUGAAGAAAUUUUAGUACCUUUUCCUCAAGCAAAUGAUACCGGGGCUCAUGAAAAUCCUCGGUUAUUAAAAAAAAAAGAUGAACUAAACACAUUUUUCCAAACAUCUUCAUUAUAUUACCUGACCAGCUCUAAGAGUUUCCAUAGCUGACCAAUAGUAAACCAACAACAACGUACGAAGGCCAUCAUAUUCAAACCUGUAAUUUCAAUUUAUUGACAAAUCAACAGUAAUAUUUAUUCUACUCUGUGGCCUUAUGCCUGGGUACAAGGAUUAGCCCACAAACAAUAAAGAUGCCAGAGCUUAGAAAUGUUGACUCGAAGAUAAUCCAUAUAAAAAGUCAAUUUUUUCCAGAAUUGCGUGGGAAGUACAGAGUCGACCUACUUGACGCCAUUUUUUUCUCUAGCUGUCGUGAAGGUUGAGUUUGUUGUUGUUGAUGGAUACAUAAAUAUUAUUUAUUAUUUCUGACAAGUGUAAAUAUGCUUAUACAAGGAUUAAGAAUUCCUUGGCUUAUUGAUGUAUAUUUUUGUGAGCUAUUUUUCUUAUAUUAGACUAGAAAACGCAGUUCUCUAAAAUCGCCACUUAUACAUUUUGUUUUACCACAUGUUUUGUCAUAAAUGUUUAGGAAGACAGUAUAAGAAAAAUAUGCAUAUUUUUCGUUGGAUGUAAGGUAAAAAAUAAGUGAUUAUUUAUAUUUUUUUAUAAUUUUACUGAGUAGUCGUUCGGCCUAAGAAAUGUAUCGAAAAACUAAUUUCAUCAAUGUAUAUUCCAUGUAAAUAAUAUACUGCAUAUGAAGUUAGUUUCUUGUAGGAUAUAACAAUUUAGUUUUAUCACGUGAUUGUCAUUAUUAUGUUUUUGCAGCUAUUGUCUUAUAGCAAAAUUUUAUUUGGAUGACUGGUGUUCAUCAAAAUACGCUUAAAUUUUCAGUUAGGGAAAUUCAUACGUAUUUUGUUCAACCAUUCUGUAAUCAUUUUUCUGCUUUUUUGGUUUUCAAUAUAUAUAGUUUGAUUUUUGCA